AUGCAAUACUCCAACUUCAAAACCACCCUCCACCAACUCGCACAGAAGAUAGGCGACAUAGAGACCGAAGCUGAAGAACACAAACUCGUAAUAGAAUCCCUUCAACCCCUCCCUCUAGACCGGAAAUGCUUCCGCAUGAUCAACGGCGUGCUUGUCGAGCGGACAGUGAAGGACGUUAUUCCUUCGCUAAAGACGAACGCAGAUGGACUCAAGCAGGUUCUCGACGAGCUUAUGAAGCAGUACAAGAGUAAGCAGGACGAGAUGGACAAUUGGAAGAAGAAGAACCACAUCCAGGUCGUGCAGCAGUAG